GCAACAGAAAGAGGAAAGGACUUCGGUUUUCAGUGUUGCCGCUGUGUUUGAGGAUGUAUUAUAAUUUUAAUGGUUUCACCCAGCGCCUAACGGGCUCCAGUGCUCAGAAGGCUUAUUACCCGCAGGGGCUGCAAGCAGCAACUCCAGUGGAGUCUGCACCAUUAAUCUUUGCCACCCCGACAAAGUCAUCUUUGGGACAUGGUACUCAUCCAGUUCCUGAAUAUUUGGGCAAAAAUAAAGUUCGUGAUCUUCAAAAGCUUUUCCAGAAGCCAGAUGGGAUUCCCGUUCAUCUGAAAGGUGGCUAUAUGGACAAGUUACUCUACCGGAUCACCAUGGCCCUGACAAUUGGUGGAGCUAUUUACUCAUUGGUUGCACUCAUACUUGCAGCUCAGCCGCAAAAAAAGAAAUGAAUUAUUGGGCAUUAUUUAUUGAUGUCAGUAUUGUUAAAAGCACCUUAAUAGUAUAUUUACUAAUAGUAUAGUUACUUUUGAACACAUAUAUAUGCUUCUUCUACAAUUGUCGUUAUGUCGACAAUACAACUUGGAAAUUUAUAUUUAUGCACCUGUACUUGUAAUAUAACAGAAUGUAAGUAUUGUUUUUUAUUGUCACAGAAUUGAUACCUAAUUUUGUAAACAAAAACGCCAAAAGGGAAAAAAGUUUUAAUUUAUGUUACUAGGUAAGUAAGAAAUAACUUAUUUUUAUCUUAUAAAAAGGAGACACAAACUAUAACGGUAAUUUAUUAUGUUAGAAACUGUUCAUUCUUGUGUCAUAAUGAGUACAAUUUCAGGAACAUGUAUUGUUCCUUAUAGAAUAUUCUGUGGAGAUCUUCAGUCUAAAAGAUCAUGCUAUUUACAUUACUAGAGAUACUGUCACGUUCCUAUCACUUUUGGAGGAUGUCAGUAUCACUUUAAUCACCAUUUGUGAACUCCAAGUUGCAAAUAAGAAUACUGGUAUUUACACCAUACUAAAAUUAUACUUAAUUUAAUCAGAGCUUGUUGUUACUGCUCCUUUUCAGUGUUGCACUUAGAAGAUAACUGUCACUUGUAAGAUCACCUUCAGCUUUGAUAUUGUUACCUUCUUACUUUAUUAUUUUACCACAUAAUAUAACCACUACAAAUACCUAUAAGGAACUAAGUAAUCUUAAUAUUUACUUUGUUCAAGAACUACAACUAAGUUCUAUAGGAAUACAUAACUCACUUGAAUCAAAAUUGCCUUUAGACAUUCAUCAUAGAAGGAAAAAUAACUGUGUAGAUUACACAGUAUCACAAUAUACUGAUAACAUAGUUUGGACUUUCUUAUACAAAUACUUUAAUAUGUUUAAUACGUUGUAUUUCUGCAGUGUUUGCAAAGAGGGAAGCAAAUUAUACAAUAAAGAUCAAUUGAAAUAGA